AUGUUGUCGACAGACCCUGCCGUGCUCAUUGGACUCCUAUGCCUUAGUAUUGCCGGCUUGACGGGCGUUGCGGCCUUCUUUUUCAUCCGAGCGGUCUACCGGUACCUUACGGACCCAUAUGACCUGAAACGCUUCCCUGCUCCCAGCAUUGUCGCCGCCGUUACCCCCCUCUGGUGCUUCAAGCACUCUGCAGUUGGGAAUAGAUUUCAGGCGUUGGACGAUGCCCACCAAAAGCUCGGAGAAAUGGUUCGGAUCGGUCCCGACCACGUUUCCAUCAACAUGCUCGAGGCGAUCAAGGACAUCUACGGGCACGGGAGCAUGGGCAGACUGAUGAAGGCGGAUUUCUAUGAUACACUCGCAGGCGAAUACCACAACAUUGCCAACACUCGCGACAGAGAGGAGCAUCAGCGGAAGCGCAAAUAUAUCUCCAAUGCAUUCGCGCUGUCGAACAUCCUGGAGUUGGAGCCCAAAAUUGCCGGCACUCUUUCGCUGCUGCUGUCGAAGCUGGACCAGAUGGCAUCCACAACAGAGCGCUCCCGAGCGCUUGAUGUUCACGACUGGCUCAGUUUCUUCACGUUUGACGUCAUCAGCCAAGUCGCCGUUGGCGAGACAUUCGGAUUUCUGCAGAAUGGCUCAGACCAGUUCCGGGGCCAGACGAAAUACGGCAAACCUGGGAAGUGGCAUGUAGUACCCUCGACCAUAACCAGUCAGCGCGCGGCCUUUCGGUUCAAAGUGGCGCUCGGUCAAAUGUCCAAGGCGUGGUACGAUUUUUGGACUCGAAUCCUGUGGUUCUCGCGCGGCAAGACCGACGUCGACAUGUUCACGGCCGUCGCCAUUGGCCAAGUCCGUGAGCGCAUCAGGAAGGACAAGGAUCUGGAAGCGUUCCCGCCAGAUUUCAUGUCCCGACUUCUCAAGGACAAGGAGGGCAAGCCACGGAACCUCCCCUUCAUGGAACUGGUAUCGGAAGCCAUUGUCCUGCUCAAUGCAGGAAGUGACACCACCUCCUCCGGUCUGACGAGUGCAAUCUGGGAACUCGCCACUCACCCCGCAGCCCGAAAGGAAUUGCAGAAAGAGUUGGACGGUGCCCUUGGGGAGGUCGAGCUGGACAACGGUUUCCGGGUCGCAACGUAUGAACAAGUGAAGGACCUCAAAUACCUUCAGGCAUGUCUGACCGAGACGCUGCGCCUGAAUCCGCCCAUUCCGUACGGCCCUCCGCGCCUCAUCAUCGACCCCAAGGGCGUCAUGGUUGCCGGAGAGCACUUUCGGUACGGCACCACGGUCUCGGUGCCCACGUACUCCAUAAUGCGUCACCCUGACAUCUUCCCCGAUCCCAAUGCCUUCAGACCGGAGCGCUGGUUGGAAGGCGAUGAGAUUCGGAAGGAGAUGAUGCAACAAGCAUAUAUCCCAUUCAGCACGGGCCCUCGAGCGUGCCUAGGCCGUAACCUGGCCACUAUAGAGCAGCAUAUUGUCCUGGCCACCCUUUUCCACAGAUAUGACCUCGAGCUUGUCGACAAGAACUUCAUUCCGCAUUUGAAGGAGGGUUUCAAUCUAGAUCCCGGUCCCCUACCGAUUACUAUCAGGCGUCGCAAGAGGAAUCACUAA